AUGAAUAAUACACCCAUAACAUUAAAUAUAAAUUCAUCAGUAUUAUCAACAAAAAAUGAUCUAAGUCAAGUUGAAUUAAAUAAAUUACAUGAUUUAGCAAAUCAAACUGAACAGGAACUUCAAACAGCAAUUAAUUCGAAUAUUGAAAGAAAUGAACAAUUAAAUAUUUUAUUAGAACGAAGUAAUUUAUUAUUACAGAAAAAUCAAGUAUUUGGUAUUGGUAUUAUGGAUUAUAGAAAAGAUGCUCAACGAAAACAAGCAAUCAAUAAAUUAAAAUAUAUUGCUAUUGGAAUACUAUUUUUUAUGAUUACUGUUCUAGUUAUUAUUUUAAAUAUUGUUCUAAAUCAUAAAAUUAAUACAUCAGAUAGAAAUACAAAUAUAAUUCUCGAAUAA